GUCAAUCGUGCGUCGUCUGUUUCCUCCCUCCCUUCUCUAUCGUACUCUUCCUCCCCUCCCCUUCCCUCCCUACCCGUGAUGUGGUGAUCCGUCCGCCGCACUACCUUCCGCUGCUCCCAUCUCCUGCAGCGAAGCAGAUACGAUGGUGGCCGCAUCCUCAAUUGGAGGAGGCGCGGUGGCUGCGGGGGAUCGACAGCAGCUACCUCGAUCCCGACGGCCGACAUUUCAUACUCGGCCGCCAAGCCGGGGAGCCCCUGCCCCGCGGAAUCCCGCCCAGUGGACGCGGAAGGUAGAACGGACACGGCAACGGUGGGUUUGGCGGACCGCGCUGCGGGGCGGGGUGCACGGCGGGAUGAGCCCCACGUCCGGGGAUGGGUGCCCGUUGAGCUGUCCGCGUGGCCGAGCAGCUUCGCCGUGCCCGAACUGGAGCCAGCGCUGCAGCUCAAGAUGGAGAUGGAUGACGAUGGAAUUGGAAAGACAGGCGCCGGAGGGUGGGUGGCGCCGCGCGGUGGUAGGCAUGAGCGGCGGUGGUGGAAAGCGCCGAGCGGAUGCUCCCAGCCUGGAUAAUGUAGUAGUACCGGUAUAUAGCUCAACAAGACAACAAGUACAUUCAUUGGUUGAAUAAUCUGGUUGCUGAUUGGGCGGCAGCAUACUCACCGGCUCCAAGUAAAUUGGUUGGAACUUGAUGGAUGAUUCUUUCUUUUGGAUACUUUCUUGGUCCUAUGAUUUGACAUUUUUUUGAAUUAGAACCGUUGUGACAUUCAAUCGAUGUCUGUUCUUCUUGGUGUUUUUCCUGUUUGGCUCAAGUAUGUGUCUAGCAUCAAGUUCAUGAUGGAUGAUCAGACAAUGGUCCCUUCAAGCGGGGAGCUAGGCAGAUUUGCCCUGCUCACCUAAUAAGACUGAACUCACUGAAAUAUAUCUCCAGAUUUGCCCUGCUCACCUAACAAGACUGAACUCUGCUGCAAUAAACAGUUUCAACGUUUAGGGCAUUUCUAGUUGAACUGAAAUGGUGAUCUCGCAAUUGCAUUAGAAUUAGGCUCUCCAGUUGAUUCACGUAUUCUUUCUGUUGAGAUUGGCUUGAUAAAUGAAGCAUGAAUCUACUAUUCUGUUUCUUGGUAUAGGAUCCGUGACUUACAUGUUGUGCACGUAUUGAGAUUAUUUUCUUCAUAGAUAUCAACCGUGGCAUGCCAUGACGUUAGUGUAACAUUUUGGUUUAUUUAAACUUGAAUUCUAUGCAUGAAUUUGUUCCUUCAAAAUGUAGGACAAGCAGGCUAUAAAACAUACUUUGGAAGAAGAAGCUAGGAGGUGCCAGAGGCUGGUGCUAUGGAUUGAUUUUGAUAGAGAGGGUGAGAACAUAGCAUAUAAAGUGAUCGGAGUUUGUAUAGGUUUGUGGACGUGUGUUAGUUAAGUAUUAGGCUACCUUAACGAUUUAAGUAUUAGGCUAAUUUUAACGAAUUUGACUGAAGGUGAUCCCUAUCAGGUUCUAUUCUUCAUAAACAUGUGGGAAUCAGACAAAUCAUAUUAAUUUAUUUUCAAGUAAUGAUUCAAGUAUUGAUACAAACGUAAGACUGAACUUUGGAUUCAAAGCAAGUGCUGUACUACAUGGAGAACAUACAUACAUGGAACCCUGAGUCGAGUUCAGUCUUAGAAGUAUAUAGAAUCCAUGUUUAAUUCACUUCAGUUUAUAUGGAAGACUAGAUAUAUAUGACUGUAUGUUCAAAACCACACGCAAUAUUCAGACUCAAAUGCCAAAGUCAUGCUAGAAAGCUUUUUAAAUUUAGUUAUCUUUUACAUAUGGGUGGCUCAAAUUAGAUUGUUGGGAUGAAUUAGUUUGUUUAUGCUCAAUUUGUUAGCGCAUCAAGCAUCUAAAUUCUAAAUUUUUUCCAGUGUUGUUUUGUAUCUUGGCUCUACAUUUGACAGUGACAAACAAACAAUGUGCUUUGUUUUCUGGAGAUACAUGGUUUCAGCACUGCACAUUUACUCAUAUUUCUGGAGCUUUAACCCCUCUCGCAGGUUACUGGACGAAGAGAUAGAGCCAGGCCUUUGACAUUCAAGAUGGAAUCAAGUGAUGCAUGGAGUUACUCGGGGGCAAAUUCUGAUAUUAUUUGGAAGAUAAGAACGGUGGUGGAAUCUCUGCAUUGAUUUUGUAGGGAUUGCAUUGAUAAAUCCAUGCGGCUUGGGUAUGUUCCUAGAUAUUAUCUGUUAAGACUGGAAGUACAUUUAUGUUGGUCAGCUCUCCAUCCCAAGCAAAAACUUGCAAAGAUAGCAGGCCCAAGCUUGUUGCUGGUUCCCCAGAAGGAUUUCCUGGUCAUGUUGAUGGGAAGGUUCGAGAGGCAAGGAUGAACCAUCCAAAGGGAUUUACAGUGGAUGACAGGGGUAACAUCUAUGUGGCUGAUGCCAUGAACAUGGCCAUUAGAAAGAUCAGUGAUACAGACUUAUUUGCAUUUUUAGAGCUGUUUUCAGCGUCAUUCAGUGCUUACCCUACAGGCAGCUCUGGAAGCAUAUCUGGUGACUCUGUUCAAGGAAACAAAUCUGUGAGAGGGCUUAGGUUCUCUGCUGUCCUAUCCUAGGAUAUUAAGGAUCCAAACGAUACUAUGAAAUUAAACUGUGUAAAUGAUGUACUCUCCUGGUUUGAUUAUGCUUGUAAAAACUCCAGUUAUGGACUUGUGGUUGGUGAUGAUGGGAAAUUUAGAACCCGUGCUUAUUUUGUAA